AUGGCGGUACGCAGGCCGCCCGCUCAGCGACUGGCCGACAAGGUCGACCAUCUCCUGAUCAACGUAGAAGAGGCAGUGGUGCAGUAUCAGGCGCAGCGCCUGAAGCGCUGGUCCGAGAAUCAGCGCUCCGUCCUGGAGCGGGCGCUAAAGGUGGAGCAGGCCGUCGCUGCAAAGAACGAGGCCAUCACAUCCAGCGUCGUGGACCACUUGCGCGCAGAAGUCUCCGGCCGCGACGUGGAGCGCCACGAGUCGGCCGCCUCCACCAAGAAGGCCAAGGAGGACUGUGACGAGGCCUUCCGGCAGGAACUCCGUGGCUUUGCGGCGGGCCGCGAGAAGCUGGGACGGACGGUGGCGAGGCAGCAGCUGACGCGCCUGGCGGCCGCUUUCGACCAGGUCAUGGCUUCCAAGUGGCAGCACCUAGAGGAGAUGCUCCAAAGGAAUCUCUGGCACCACCAUGUGGAGGCGCACCGAGCUUCCGGCCGUGCGGGUGGCGCACGCGUGGAAGACCUCCAACAGAUUUGGGAGACGGGCGAGUUGGAAGGCCAUCUUUCAGCAGAAAAGCAGGGCUGGUUACGGUCGCAGCGAGCGGACCUGGAUCACCUGCAAGUUGAAGCCGACACGGAGCUGAAGGAAGCUCUCAAGGACCUGGAGCAGGCCAUUCAAGCCUCCGCUCCUUCCAGGCUGCUGGGGGCUCCAGGGGCGGGAGAGGAUCCGGAGCCCUUGCAGCAGCUUCGCUCUGUGGCUGAGGCGGCUCGGCAGAAGCUUGAGGGGCUUGCAGCCGAGCUCCGCGGCCGCUACAUGCCCAAGCUCGAAGAGGCUUGGAAAGCCUGUGAAGCGGACUACCAUCGGCUUGACCGCGAGCUUCGAGACUUUCACGUGGAGUCCCUGCAGCGCCGUUUCAAGGACAUGGAGACACUACGAGGGCUGAAGCUCCAACUGUGCCGUUGGCGUCUAGACUACCAAGACGCCUACCACAAAGGUUGCCCCGACGAGCGCGCGGCUCUGGACGGGCGGGAACUCCAGCAACGCUUCCAUGUGGCCAGGCGCCUGGUCCGGCAGCUUUGGAGCGGCGGCUCCGUCUCGGCCGGGUCCGCCCAUCGGCUCCUGGCCCAAACCCUCAAAGAGGCCCCGUCGCCCGCUGUCGCCUCCAGCUUGAAGGUCUACCACGCAGAGCUGCGGCGCCUUGGAGCACUGCCGCUUGUCCCGCAUGCCAAGACGCCCGAGCUGCUGAGCUGCUGGCUGCAAGAGGUGAAUUCACAGUGA